GAUGCAGCGGGUUGCCAUGGUAACAGCAGCCUCCUCCCGGCAUGCAGCAGCGGCCCCCUCCCUCUCCGUGCUUCGGCAGGGUGGAGCAGCAGACGGAUCGCAGCAGCAGCAGCGUGGAGGAGUGAUGAUGGAUGGAGACUCCGCCCCCCUCAGAGAAGGCCCCGCCCAAGAGGCGCAGAGGAUGAUGGGAGAGUCUCCUUGCUUAAUGAUGGAGAAACAGGACGAGGUGGAGAAAGAGGACAGCUCCGUGAUGGGGAAACAGGAGCAAGAGAAAGAGGAGAAGGAGGAAGACAAGCUUUCCGUGAUGGAGAAACAGGAAGGCGAGAAGAAAGAGGAGCACUUCAUGAUGGAGAAACUGGAGAAGGAAGAGAAAGAGGAUCAUUCAGUGAUGGAGAACCAGGAGAAGGAGGAGAAAGAGGAGCGUUUCAUGAUGGUGAAACAGGAGAAGGAGGAGAAAGAGGAUCACUCAGUGAUGGAGAACCAGGAGAAGGAGGAGAAAGAGGAGCGCUUCAGGUUGGAGAAACAGGAGAAGGAGGAGAAAGAGGAGUGCAUUAUGAUGGAGAAACAGGAGCAAGAAAAAGAGGAGAAGGAGAAAGACGAGCUUUCCAUGAUGGAGAAACAGGAGGAGGAGAAAGAGGAGCUUUCCAUGAUGGAGAAACAGGAGGAGGAGAAGAAGGAGGAGAAAGAGGAGCGCUUCAUGAUAGAGAAACAGGAGGAGGCAGAGGAGCACUACAUGAUGGAGAAACAGGAGGAAGAGAUGCCAGGAGAAGAGAAAGAGAGGGAGAAGGUUCAACCUCAGACUCCAUGCUCCUCCUCCACACCUCCUCCUGAAGAUGAAAGAGGAGCUGAAGAAAAGGAGGAGAAAGUGCAAAGAGAAGAACAGAAAGAAGAGGUUCGAUCUGAGAGUCCACCUAUACAGGAGGAGCAGGAAGGAGACGAUGAAGAGGAAGAUGGAGUCAGAGGAGAGGAACAGGUGAAGCAGGAGACAGUGGAGGUGAUGGAGGGGAGAGAAGAGGAGGUGCAUCAGACAGAGACUCCUAGCUCCUCCUCCACACCUCCUCCAGGUGAAGCCGGAGCUGAUGAAAAGGAGGAGAAGGAAGCUGUGGUGGGCAGAGGUGAGGAGCUCCACCCACCUCAGGAGGUCCCUGACAGUAACACGAGCGUUCCCUCCCUCUCUGAGCCUCCUGCUGAAGAGGAGCUAGACAUCCAGGAGGUGAAAACAAACACACCAGUCCACCAAACUCCGCCUUCAGCAGACCUGAAUGUCCCUGCCGACGAAACGAGCGCUCCUCUAACCAAUGGCCUCCUCAGCAAGCAGAGAGAGAAGCGUUUGAUUCCUGCAGCUGCUCCUCCCUCCACAACCAAAGCUCCACCCAAGGGAGCUGCCACGAGGAGGAAAACCAGCACCUCCUCUUCUAAACAGGCUUCUGCAGUCCAGAAAACAAGCGCUCCUCCUCCCCUGAGGAAAGGAAAAGCAGCUGUAAAGGAUCCUGCUGAUGAAACCAAUAAGGCGUCCAGGACAGCGGGAGGCGCCAGAGCAGCCAAGAUGAUCUCAGCCAAGAGUACAGAGUCAGUUGAUGGUGUUAACAGUCCAGGAAGUCGCUCUCCUGCCAGCCGAUCAUCCACUCCGAACAGAGACGUCAAGAAGGUGGCAGUGGUACGGACCCCUCCUCGGUCACCUGGCUCUACUCGUGGACGGACACCCCCCCUCCCCUCCCACCCAAUGCCUGACCUGAGCAACGUGAAGUCAAAGGUGGGAUCCACGGAGAACCUGAAACACUCCCCAGGAGGAGGCAAGGUUCAAAUUGUUAACAAGAAGCUGGACCUCAGUAACGUGACGUCAAAGUGUGGUUCCAAAAGCAACAUCCACCACAAGCCAGGUGGAGGGAAGGUGGAGAUAAAGUCGGAGAAGGUGGACUUCACAGCGAUUCAGUCUAAAGUGGGUUCUCUGGAGAAUGUCACUCACGUUCCAGGAGGAGGGAAGAAGAAGAUUGAGAGUCAGAAGCUGCAUUUCAGAGAGACCGCCAAAGCUCGGACCGACCACGGUGCUGACAUCAUCACCCAGGCUGACUCCUCCCCUCAUCGCCUUAGCAACACUUCCUCCCCUGGAAGCCUUAAUGCGGCCGAAGCUCCGCCCCUCGACACGCUGGCUGACCAGGUGUCUGCCUCCCUCGCCAAACAAGGCCUGUGAUUGGAUAACCCUGUGCCUGCAGACCCCACCCACUCCUGUUACCAAGGAAACCACCUGAAUAAAGAAAGAAAAAUCAUCAUUCAGCCUUCUCUUUAUCACAUUCACCUGAAGUCACCGGUGAUCAGAGAGAUUUUAUGAUGUUAAAAGCAACGGCCAAUCAGCAAGCCAGGUGCAGCAUUAUUCCAUGACAAGAAGUGAAGCUGGUACGAAGUGUUUCUCCACCUGAUUAUGCUCUGUGUGCUAAGCUAAGCUGAGCUAAACACGUCAAAGCUUCAUUUCAACAUGAAGAGGACCACUUCAGAUGUUUCAGAAGAUUUCAGAUCUUCUUGUCUGCAGCAGACACACCGUGCUAAUUGACCAGCCUGUUAGCAUUGCUAAUUAGCCUGUUAUCAUUACUGAUUAGCCUAUUAACAAUGCAGAUUUGCCUGUUAGCAUUAUUGAUUAAACUGCUAACAAUACUGAUUCACUCAUUAGCGUUACUGAUUAGUCUGCUAACAAUACAGAUUAACCUGAUAGCAUUAUUGAUUAGCCUGCUAACAAUACUAAUUAGCCUGCUAGCAUUAUAGAUUAACCUGCUAACAAUUCUAAUUAGCCUGUUAACAUUAUUGAUUAACCUGCUAACUAUAAUUAGCCUGCUAGCAUUAUAGAUUAACCUGCUAACAAUUCUAAUUAGCCUGUUAACAUUAUUGAUUAACCUGCUAACAAUACUAAUUAGCCUGUUAGCAUUAUUGGUUAAUCUGCUAACAAUACUAAUUAGACUGUUAGCAUUAUUGAUUAGCUUGCUAGCAUAUUAGCCUAUUAGCAUUACUGAUUAGCCUGGUAACAAAACUGAUUAACCCGUUAUCAUUACUGAUUAGCCUGUUGGCCAUAGAAUCUCCCUGAUCACAGAACACCUCUCUGAUGUCACCUCUCUCAGCCAAUCACCAUCUCUCCUCUGUGAUCUCCCCCCACCCCAAGCAUUAAAAAUUACCCAGAAUGCCAUUUGAUACCAGGUGCCAAAACCAUUUCUGUCUCUGCCUGUCGGCUGUUGAAGUGCUUUGUACCAAUAAAGUUCGUCUUGGAUCUGA